AUGAUAGCCAUCGAUGUGAAAGAUAUGUUGGACGAAGAGCGUGACGAUGUAAAUCGGAAGCUUAAGCAGUGGGAACACCUCGUGCAAAAGGACUUAAAAUGCCCGGCAAGUACUCCAGUGGAAGUGUGGCUAAAGCGGUCUCCUUGUAUACUUAGGAGGCUACACGAUAGCCAUCGACGUGAAGGAUAUGUGGGACGAAGAGCGUGCCGACGUGAGACGGAAGCUGAAGCAGUAAGUCUCCAGCACAGGCUCAGAAGGAAAUGUAGUAGGGUAAGUCAUGCCAUCCUUUGGACAAUGCAAACAGACUUCAUUGACACUCCCUUAGUACCCCUUAGUUAGCACAAAGGAUGUUAAUUAA